AUGGGUCGCAGAUCAAAGAACAAGCAGGCACCACCUCAGCCGUUGCGUGAGGAGCGCGCGGUCAGCAACAACAAGGGCAAGAGGAAGGCGGCAGACUCCGCGGCGCCGGUCAAGAAGGCGAGGAUUGCGAGUGCACCUGUGACAGCGACGAGGGGGGCAAAGGCAACAAGCUCACGAGCUGCUACGAACGGCAAGUCGAAUGCGAAGGUCGCACCUGUUGAGGAGGAGGAGGACGAAGAGGAGGACGAGGAGGAGCUCGAAGGAGAAGAUGACGAGGAUGUAGAGGACGACGAGGAAGAAGAGGAAGAGAUCGAAGUGGAGGAAGAGGAAGAUCCACUAGCAGCACUGGGCCUGCCCAAGAACGGCAAGCUCACAGACAGGCAACGCAAGAAGGCGCUCGCAGAAGCAGAACGACUCGAGGAGCUGCUCAAGAGCCAGGGUCUGUCGCUCGACUCCGACGACGACGACGAGGAGGAGGCGGAAGGGGGAUCUGAUGUCCUUGAGGAAGAUGACGAGGACGCGGAGGAAGGCUCGGAGCCAGAGCUUGGCGACGAAUUCGAUCUCGGCGACGAGGAUCUCGAAGGCGAGGAGGGCGACGAGGUGGAGCUCGAUUCGGACGACGAAGAGGCCGAAGAUGACGAGGACGACUCCGCAGGCGAAGGCGCCGAAUUCAUGCUCCCCACGCUCGAAGAGCGCGAAGCCGAAAAGGUGCGCGGCGCCGACCUCCAGCUCGUCCACAUGCGCAUCCAGGAAGUCGUCACCGUCCUCUCCAACUUCAAGAAGCUCGCCAUCGACGGUCGAUCUCGCUCCGAAUACGUCGAGCAGCUGCUCGCCGACAUCUGCACCUACUACGGCUACAACGCCUUCCUGGCCGAGAAGCUGUUCGAGCUCUUCACACCCGCCGAAGCGAUCGAGUUCUUUGAAGCCAACGAGACGCCCCGUCCCGUCACCAUCCGAGCCAACACGCUUCGCACCCGACGUCGCGACCUCGCCCAAGCACUCAUCAACCGCGGCGUCAACCUCGAGCCCAUCGGUGGGUGGUCCAAGGUGGGCCUUCAAGUGUUCGAGUCCUCCGUCCCCAUCGGUGCGACGCCUGAGUAUCUGGCGGGGCACUACAUGCUCCAAGCGGCUUCCUCGUUUUUGCCGUGCAUCGCGCUGGCGCCGCAACCCAACGAACGCGUGCUCGACAUGGCCUCGGCACCCGGUGGCAAGUCCACCUACCUCUCAGCGCUCAUGCAGAACACCGGCACCGUGUUCGCCAACGACUCGAACAAGAACCGCAUCAAGUCGCUCGUCGCCAACAUCCAUCGGCUUGGGUGCAAGAACGUGGUGGUGUGCAACUACGACGGACGCCAGUUCCCCAAGGUGAUCGGUGGAUUUGAUCGCGUUUUGUUGGACUCGCCGUGUUCCGGAACCGGGGUGAUUCACAAAGACCAGAGUGUCAAGGUCAACAAGUCCGAACGGGAUUUUGCGCUGCUGACGCAUCUGCAGAAGCAACUGCUGCUGUGUGCCAUCGACAGUGUCAACCCGCGCUCGAGCACCGGUGGCUACGUCGUCUACUCGACAUGCUCUGUCAUGACAGAGGAGAACGAGGAGGUGGUCCAGUACGCCCUGCGCAAGAGGAGCAACGUCAAGAUCGUCGACACCGGCAUCCAAUUCGGUCGCGAUGGGUUCAAGAGUUUCGGGAGGAGCAAAUUCGAUGAGCGCAUGGUGUAUGCGAGACGAAUCUUCCCGCACGUGCACAAUCUGGAUGGGUUCUUUGUGUGCAAGUUGAAGGUCAGCCCCCCUUCCAACAACGCGCAUAGCAAGAACGACAAGGUGGACACCACAACGACCGUUGAUGGUGACGACGAGGAGGUGGAGCAAGGACAGGAUGGGUUGGUGUCAUUGGACAACCCAGAGGACCAAAAACUCAUGCAGAAGUCGCUCAAGAAGGCCAAGUCUCGUCGUUAG